GAAACCGGUUUUGUUUUUCUUUUUCAAGUGUAAAUGACACACCCUACUUCAGUUAGACAAUAAAUGUUCCUAGUUCGAAGAUGUUCAUAACUAAUUUUCUUUUUAAUGGUGUGUUCAUAACUAAUUUUAAUCACUAUCUAAAAAAAUUAAUUCAUAACUUAUCUCUCCACCAAUCCAGGACACCAUUCACAAUUUGCCACGUGGAUCUCAAUCAAUAGAAAAUGACCAUCAUACCCCUCUCUCACACACACACACAAACCUCUUUACCGGUCAUCCCCUUAUUUCCUUCGCCGCCGCCAUUUACGUGUUCGAACUUCGAAGCUUCAGCCGAGCCGAACUCAAAUAAAUAAAUAAAUAAAUUUAAAAAAAAAAGAAAAAUGUCAAUAGCUUUCUCACCAGCUCCGCUUCCCCUACGCACCCAUGCGCACUUUAACCCCUUCCUUCCUUCCAUGUCUAUCGUGCGCCACCUAACGCUACGCCACAACCACCACCGUCGCCGCUUCGCUAGCCUCGCCGUCGCCGCUGCUGUACGUCAAGACACCACAGUUUGGACACCAGCGCCUCUCUCCGUCGUUGAAUCGGCUGCUGAAUCUCUCUUCCACGUCACCAUCGACCUCUCCGAUUCGCCUGACUUAGCUUCUUCUCAUACACGAGCCGGUCAGUACCUUCAGCUUAGGGUUCCUGAAUCGGAUAAGCCUUCGUUUCUGGCGAUCGCUUCGCCGCCGGGUUUGGGUUCGGCUAAGGGAGUUUUUGAGUUUUUGGUGAAGAGUGUGGAGGGUUCGACGGCGGAACUUCUUUGUCGGCUUAAGAGAGGUGAUGUUGUUGAGAUUGGACCGGUUAUGGGAAAUGGAUUCGAUGUUGAUCGAAUUCAUCCUCCGGAGGAGUUUCCUACUGUUCUUAUCUUUGCUACUGGAUCUGGAAUUAGUCCUAUACGGUCUCUGAUAGAGUCAGGAUUUAGUGCUGGCAACCGAUCUGAUGUCAGAUUAUAUUAUGGGGCAAGAAACCUUCAGAGAAUGGCUUAUCAGGAUAGAUUUAAGGAGUGGGAAUCUUCUGGUGUUAGUGUGGUGCCAGUUUUAUCACAACCAGGUGAUGAUUGGAAAGGUGAAACUGGUUAUGUGCAGGCAGCUUUUAAAAGAGCCAAGCAAAUUUUUAACCCUCGCUCCACUGGGGUAGUACUCUGUGGACAGAAGCAGAUGACAGAGGAAAUUACCUCAAUUCUUGUUGAAGAGGGUGUAUCAACUGACAAAAUACUAAAAAAUUUUUGACCAUCCAAAAAUGUGUCUUAUUGUUAUAGUAGUAUUUAUUUGUUCCAAAUGUUGAGUAUAGAAUAUAUCUCAGCUCGGAAAUCACAAUAAGGAAUCUUAAUAUUAAGAGUUAGAACUUUACAUUAUGAAGUUAUAGUAGUGUGGCUAGUGAGUGGCCUACAAUGCCAAUAGUUUUCAUCAAUGUAGAAAUCAUUGUAUAAUUGAAUUUUCCAAUUUUACCUUUUCCUACAA